CAACCCUGUUGACUGGUGGGUGGGUAAGUAAAAGUUAAAUCGAAAUCUGAGGAUGGGAAACGAGACGAAAACCAAUGGCGGUGCUGCGGCGAGUAUGGCCGGAGGCGGAGGAUUCAGAGCUAAAAUGGAACAUUACGUUUACAGUGGUGAAAAGAAACACGUCAUCGUUGGGAUCGGAAUCGUCUCGCUCAUUUUCGGAGUUCCUUGGUAUUUGAUGACUCAAGGGGCAAAGCAUCAAUCUCACCAAGAUUACAUGGACAAGGCUGAUAAAGCUCGAAAAGCACGUCUCUCAUCGUCUUCAUCAUCUAACAAGUAGUCUGUCUUGAAGUAUUGAGUCACUGCUACACAUGUUUAAAAAACUCAGUUUAAGAUCUCUGAGGUUUUGUGGUUUAGAUACCAAAGUCAUUCCCAUUUUCUUGAAUUGUUUGACGCACAAUGUUUGCUUAUCCGUUUCUAAAUAAAAAGAUCAAAGAUUCUAUCA